UGCUCUUUGAUUACUAUACGUCACGUCACUGACAGGACAUGUGUGCGAUAAAAAUGGUGACCGUAUACCAGCUGGCAUUCUUAUUCUGAUGUUACAAAACCUGACAUUUCUUUUAUAAUAAAAGUAAAGUGUUAUGGCGUCCGUUUUGGAUUUGAUCAAACAUUAUCAGCAUGCCAUUGAGAAAUACCCACAUGACGAACAAAAAAUUUUAAAAUGUAUAAACAAAUUAUUUCAACUGGAUGUAACAGUACAACAUCUGCAAGAGACUGGUGUAGGCAGAACUGUGAAUGCAUUGCGCAAAGAGCCCGGAGAUGUGGGUCAAGCUGCCCGGGCCCUUGUAUACAAAUGGAAGGUCAUGGUGGCAGCGGAAGAAAGUGACCAGGAAGCUGACCACAGAAAUGACACAUCAAACUACAAUGGCCAUAUAAGUGAAAGAGACAGUGAAGAUAGUACACCUCAGUCAAAAAGUAGACAUGACCAAUAUGAGAAAUCAUCAAAGUCAAGCAAAUCUACACAUGACUAUAAACAUAUGAAUGGUGAUAGCAGUUCACAUAAGCGAAGACAUCACAGUAGUGAGGAAGAAGAACCUGAAACAAAGAAAUCAAAGCACUCUAGUAACAAUGAUGAUAAAUACAAAAGAAAGUGUGUCAAAAGUGAAUCAAGCGAAAGUGACACGCAAGAUACAGACAAUUCUCAAAGUGAUAGUAGUGAAUCUGAUACAUCACAAAGUUCGGAAGAAGACAGAAAACCAAAACAUAAAAUAAAAGAAGAAAAACAGGAACAAGUAAAAUCCUCAAAUUCUUCUAAACACUCAUCACACAGUCACAAAGAUCGAAAAAAUGAUUCGGCAUCAGAAAAACGACACGAUUCGUCAGACAAACAUUCAAAACAUAAAUCGGAAUCAACAAAAUCAGAAAAAUCUUCAGCUGAAAAACUGAGUAGCUCACAUAAACAAUCCAGUACCAAAGAUAAGGAAAGCUCUUCUAAUAAAAAAGAAACAUCGAGUCACAAAUCUGUGGAGAAAGAAAAGAAAACCGAAUCUUCGAGUAAACAUAGCAGUUCUAAGAAGGAAAGUUCAAACAAAAGUGACAAGCAUAAAAAUUCUUCUGAAAAAUAUUCUAAUGCAUCAGAGAAACAUAAUAGUUCGAAGGAAACAUCAGAAAAAACAAAAGAAAAGUCUUUGAGUAAAGAAUUACCGAGAGAGAACCACAAAUCAAGAGAAAGCAGUAGUAGCAAGCACAGUUCCUCUAGCAAAGAUAGAUUAAGCAAAGACAGAACAAGCAAAGACAGAUCAAGCAAAGACAGAACAAGUAAAGAAAGAUCAAGUAAGGACAAAUCAAACAAAGAUGAUUCUAGCAAAGAUAGAUCAAGAGAAAAACAUUCAUCAUCAAAAGAGUCAGACCACAGUCAAAAAUCUGAUAAAAAGCAUUCGUCUGAUAGUUCAAAAGAAAAAAAAGAGAAACAUAAAAAAGAAAGCGAUAAAAGUGGAGAUGAUAAAAAGAAACAUUCUCAUUCUUCAUCAAAAUCGAGUAAGUCUAGCUCAAGUAAGUCAACAGAAGAUAUACCAAAGAAAAAAGCUCAUAUAAGUCAUAGCGAGGAAAGCGGCGACGACGGAAUCGAUUGUGGGUCAGGUGCCAGCUUUGCCGAAGCACUAGGGAUGAUAAGUCCAACUAAAAAUAAAAAGAAAAAUAGUACUGUUAAAGAAUUUCAAUCGCCAAAUGCGUUUCCAGAUUUGAGUCCGGCUUCGUUACUAGCCCCCACUGCUAAACUGGCGCCCCUACCUGCCAUAGAAAUCUCCGCUCUGCCAGAAAUCUCGCCAAAUUACAAACCCAGGCCUCCACCAAAACUACUACCACAUUUCACCGACGAGGAUGCUAUGAGUCAUGUUAUAUCUUCCAAAAAUCAAAGAACAAAGGUCUAUUCGGGGAACAAAGUAAUAGGAAAAAUACCAACUUUGUAUGAGAUGUGUGUACAUGUACUUCAAGAACAUAUAGAUGCACUCGAGUACACCGGUGGGGUGCCAUAUGAAAUACUAAAGCCAGUCGUUGACAUGGCAUCACCGCAACAACUAUUCAUGCUGGAACACUUCAACCCAUACCUGAUGGAGGAUACGGAUCAUUUGUGGCAAAAGUUCUGUGAGAAACACUUCCGCAACAAACAGAGACAAGAAAUGGAAACAUGGAGGGAAAUGUAUAUGAGAUGUCAAGAAGAACAGGAACAUAGAUUGAAAUCACUAACAGCGAAUAUAAGACAAACUCAAGAAGCCAAGAAGGCGCCCAUCAAGCAGACAAAAAUGGCGUACGUCGAUACUGUGGUAAAGCCGCCACGAAACGUUUUGAGAAAACAAGCUCAACACGGCACGGCUCAUGCUUCAACAGCUAGUCCAGCCGCUCGAGUGGCAUCUCUAGCGUCUGCCCCCAAUGUGCUGCGCGGGGGGUCGGUGCGACCUCCACCAGCCACUCCCGUCUCCUCCUCCAACUUCAACAAACCCAAGAAAGCACCCCUCAUGCAGAAGGCACUACAAUUUAUGCGUGGACGUAAACGAUGAUAAUUGUUAUACAGUUUACUUACGUCUUGUAAAUAUUAGUGAUGGUCUUAAUGUAAAAUGUGUUAACUAUCUUUGACUUAAGCAAAUGUCAAAUAUAUGUUUGUGUGUAAAUCAUAACAGUAAUAGGGAAAAGACUAUAUUAAAAGACACCUGUUAUAGAUUUAGGUAUAUGGGAAAUCGAAACAAUUGCUAAAUGCAAUUGAAUAGAAAUGAACUUCUAAAUCAAUGUGAUUUAAUAAUUGUACCAUAUCUAUAUAAUAUUAAUAUUUUAAUAUCAAAAUUAAGUCAUUGUUAUACAAAAUCCAUGUGAAUUGUAUCACCUUUAUUGUGUUUCAGAAAAACAAAACAUUAAUUCAAUAGAAAAACAUACGAGCAAAUUUAUAAAUUAUUAUGUUUUUUUGUCAAAUAUGUCAUUAAAAUCAGUCUCUAAUUGUACAUACUAAGAAAAAUAAGUUAUUACUUAAAGUAAUUCUUCGACGACUUUUGUAGAUAUGAGAACCUAGACAUUAGCUAGCAAAAAUAAUGGAUCAAAAUGCACUUUACUUAUUUGUUAUCCUCAAAAAACAAUCACGUGGAAAUUAGUCCUUGAAAAAUUUGACAGGAAUUUAUGCAUUCUGUGUAUUCUUUACAGAACCAUAUUUUGCGAUCGCUAUAAUUCUAUGAAAGUCUGACAUAUUUUACAAUGAAAUAAAAAAAGUAUUUAUGUAUGAAAUUCCCAAAAAAAUAAGAUGCGGCUGACAGUGACUUAUGGAUUGAAGCUAAUAAAUGUAAAUAAUGUCUGAUUUUUUUAUGUUUAUUAGGUUAGUGACCACUGUUGUUGUACAUAUUAUAUAUGUAGUAGAUAACUAAAUUUUCGUUCCUGUACUCAACCAAAAAAGGAUGUACAGCACUAAAAUUGUACUUUGUAGGACAAGUAUGAAUUCUUUUAAAUGUAGUUUUAAAUACUUCGAUCUUUUACAACUUUUUUGUUUUAUUGAAUAAAAAAGUGAUUGCCUGGGUUAAAAUUACUAGUUUAUUAAUAUUCAAUGAAAUAUUUUAAUACAAUCAAUGAUAAAAAAAAAUUAUAUUAGAACACUCAGAAACAUAUUUUUAUACAAAUAAAAUCAAAUGUAGUAAAGUACAAGGUCGUAGUGAAUAAAUUUCAUUUAUCAAAGUCAAAAUAUGAUUUUACUGACUAGAAAUGAGUUUUGUAUCUUUCUGUGUGUCAUUAGGUAUGGCUAUAAGUUAUAAAUAAAAUUAUGAAAUAGAUCUUUUCUUCUUUCUCAGAUUCCAUAAACAUGUUCACAAAAUCGGAACUAUUUGUUAAUAUUUCUGAAGAUAAAAAGAAAUAAGAAGCAACUUCUUACAUUUACAUUUUGUAAAUACUACAAUGUAUGUGCCUAUUAAUUUUAUGUAAUUCUUUAUCGGCAUUGAUUUUUACACUUACUUUAAGAUUAAGAUAAUUAAAAAUUAAG